AUGAUGACGUAUGUUAGUUGCUUUUUCUUAGGGGGAUUUAUUUUGAGCAUGAUUGCGGUAGCUUGUAAUCCUUCUCCCUUUUAUGGAUCUUUUGGCCUGGUAGCGGUCGCAGGGUUUGGCUGUGCAGUAGUAGUUGGCUCUGGGGGCACAUUUUUGGCGUUAAUUUUAGUUAUAAUCUAUGUAGGGGCAAUAUUAGUUGUAUUUGUAUACUCGGCGGCGCUUGCCGCCGAUCGGUACCCUGAGAGUUGAGGGAGUGGGGGUGUAGCGGGGCAGGCGGUGGGAUACCUUUUAGGAGUAAUGGUAGCCUCUGGCUUCUUUUGGAAAGAAGAGUAUGGAGUUUUGUGGGGCUUCGGGGGAAGCGUUGAGGAGUUGGCCCCUCAGCGGGGGGAUAUUGGAGGGGUUUCAUGAAUAUACUCGUUAGGAGGCCCACUAUUGGUAAUUAGUGCAGGGGCACUACUUUUAACCCUCUUCGUUGUGUUUGAGGUUACGCGCCUGCUACAUCGAGGGGCGUUUCGAUAA